GGUUUAUGUUUUGACGGGGAUCCGGUGGGCGGAAUGCAGUGGAAUUUUGAGAGUCCAGAUUCUGGUCAGUAUUUCCCCGGCGAAUUCAUUUUGGCAUUCAGUCCGCCGGACAGUCGACAAUCUCUCUGCUUAUUCUCUACAUCGGAUCGGAAAUCUUCCGUAUGAUGCUUUUGCAUUUAUUGUGAAUCUGAUUUAGCAGUGAGCUACAUAAAAUGGUGAUCGUUGUAGCUGCAUUGGUUCUCAGUGUUUUGUUGGGAGCUCUAAUUUUAAUCCCACGCAACCGGAAUGUACAAAAGGUCCAACUAAAUGCUAUCAACAAGCCAUCUAAAGUCUACAGUAAGGAUGAAGUCUCGGUUCAUAACAAGAGAACUGAUUGUUGGGUCAUUAUCAAGAACAAGGUGUACAAUGUUACCUCCUAUGUUGAAGAACAUCCUGGAGGGGAUGCCAUCCUAACACAUGCUGGGGAUGAUUCUACAGAAGGGUUUUAUGGGCCACAACACGCAAGUCGAGUCUUCGACAUGAUUGAAGACUUCUACAUUGGAGAUCUGAGGCUGUAAUUUCCAAGUAACAUUUGGCUUUGUGCUAUUACUUGGAGGAUGUAUUUCACAUUUCAGAUCUGGAUUUGCCAUUACAGGGAAGAUAUCUAAAGGUCUGACUUAUCUAGUUAGCAUUCUUGGGAAAUUGUAACUUCUUAGAUGCCGUACACUUUAUUUAAAUCUUCUCCUUUUUAGAUUUAUCUCUUUACAUUUUAUAUUAGUUCUUUUGGAUGUACUGAUUGCUAGAGGGGAGAGACUUUUCAUAGUAGUCUUGUUUAAUGCUAUGUUUGAACUAAAAUCUUGAAGUUUCUAAUUUGCAUUGUUAUGGAGAGUGCUUAUAUGUACUAUUUUAUUGGUGAAGGGGAAUCUCAAAGCCAGACAUCAAAUAUUCUUCCCAAAUUGAUCAGGUUUGAUUGAAUGUUGUCUA